AUGGGCGCUUCAUCUGCCAUAAUCUUCAGCGCCCUGGGUGCCACCUAUGGCAUGGACAAGAGUGGUACCAGCAUCGCAGCCAUGUCAGUCAUGAGGCCGGACCUGAUCAUUAAGUCCAUCAUCCCAGUGGUCAUGGCUGGGAUCAUCGCCAUCUACGGCCUGGUGGUGGCAGUCCUCAUCGCCAACUCCCUGAAUGAUGGUAUUAAUCGCUACAGGAGUGUCUUCCAGCUGGGUGCAGGCUUGAGCGUGGGCCUGUGUGGUCUGGCGGCUGGCUUUGCCAUUGGCAUUGUGAGGGACGCCGGUGUUCGGGGCACUGCCCAGCAGCCCUACCUGUUUGUGGGCAUGAUCCUGAUCCUCAUCUUUGCUGAGGUGCUUGGCCUCUAAGGUCUCAUGGUGGCCUUCAUACUUUCCACAAAGUAGUGCCUCAAGCUCACCAGCCACAGAACACGAUGUAAAGACCACCCCCUCCUCAUUCCAGA